AUGGAAGAAGAAGUUGCAGCCCUCGUCAUUGACAAUGGCUCAGGAAUGUGCAAGGCUGGUUUUGCUGGUGAUGAUGCUCCCAGAGCUGUAUUUCCCUCCAUUGUCGGUAGACCUCGUCAUCAUGGUAUCAUGAUUGGUAUGGGUCAGAAAGACUCCUACGUCGGAGAUGAGGCACAAUCAAAGCGUGGUAUCCUGACUCUGAGGUACCCUAUCGAGCAUGGUGUUGUCACCAACUGGGAUGACAUGGAGAAGAUCUGGCAUCACACCUUCUACAACGAGCUGCGUGUUGCGCCCGAGGAGCACCCAGUGCUGCUCACCGAAGCGCCAAUCAAUCCCAAAUCCAACCGUGAGAAGAUGACACAGAUUGUCUUCGAAACCUUCAAUGCCCCCGCUUUUUACGUCUCCAUCCAGGCCGUGCUCUCAUUGUACGCUUCUGGACGUACCACUGGUAUCGUUCUCGACUCCGGAGAUGGUGUCACUCACGUUGUCCCCAUCUACGAGGGUUUCGCUCUUCCCCACGCUAUCUCGCGUAUCGAUAUGGCUGGUCGUGAUCUUACCGAUUACCUGAUGAAGAUCUUGGCCGAGCGUGGAUACCCGUUCUCGACCACUGCCGAGCGUGAAAUUGUUCGUGACAUGAAGGAGAAGCUUUGUUACGUUGCCCUGGACUUCGAGCAGGAAAUCCAGACCGCCAGCCAGAGCUCCAGCUUGGAGAAGUCCUAUGAGCUUCCCGAUGGCCAGGUUAUCACCAUUGGUAACGAGCGUUUCCGAGCUCCUGAGGCUCUCUUCCAGCCAAGUGUUCUGGGUCUUGAGAGCGGAGGUAUCCACGUCACCACCUUCAACUCCAUCAUGAAGUGCGAUGUCGAUGUCCGAAAGGACCUUUACGGCAACAUCGUCAUGUCUGGUGGAACUACCAUGUACCCUGGUAUCUCGGAUCGUAUGCAGAAGGAAAUCACCGCUCUUGCCCCAUCAUCGAUGAAGGUCAAGAUCAUUGCACCUCCUGAGCGUAAAUACUCUGUCUGGAUCGGUGGUUCCAUCUUGGCUUCUCUAUCCACCUUCCAACAAAUGUGGAUCUCCAAGCAAGAGUAUGACGAGAGCGGACCAUCCAUCGUCCACCGCAAGUGCUUCUAA